UUUUCUGGUACUUAGUUUUUGUUUUAAUUAAAAGAAAAAAACAAGAACUGUACAUGUUUGGUAUCACUAGUUAAUAAUAUUUUAAAUAUGUUAAUGUUUAAAUCAUUUUGGUGUGAAGGAAGGAGCCUGAGAGUCACUCGUCCAUAAGAGGUAAGACUUUCCAUGGGCAAGCCCAUGGCCCAUGAACCAUGUUGCCGACGAGGGCCAAGGGCCAUACAGUCCAUAGCAGCUUCAAGUUUGAUCUUCCGACAAUCCAACAAUAAGGCAAAAACCAACACGUGGCCUGACCUUCUAACGUGGCAACGAGCUACGAUCUCUGAUCCUGCCACUGCCGACACGUGUGACUCUCACGGUUACAUGCAAGAAAGGCCGAUUGUUCACCAUAGUUCCUCCUCCUGUCUAUUUCUAAUUAAUUGAACACUUCACCACCACCUUUCCUAUUUCCAUCUCUCUGUACCCUCAACUUCUACGGGCACCAGCUAGCGAUCGAUUUUGAAAAUGGCCGACGUCCGAGACGAAUUUGGCAACCCAAUCCAACUGACCGACGAGCUCGGCAACCCGGUUCAGUUGACGGACGAGCACGGUAAUCCUAUGCACCUUACCGGGAUAGCCACCAGCGCCGAGCCGGGAACCGGCGGCGUAGCUACCGUUAUCGAUACCUCUCCGGCGCCCGGCGCCUUGCACACCGGGGUGGUGACGAGCACGCUUGGCGCCACCGUGAUGGGCGCUGCCACGACGGAGACUUAUGGAACUGAGGUUGCCGGAGUGGGGCAAGGGCAGCCGCACCAGCAGGUUCACCGAUCCAGAAGUUCAGGCUCCAGCUCGUCGUCGGAAGAUGACGGGCAAGGAGGGAGAAGGAAGAAGAAGGGACUGAAGGAGAAGAUAAAGGAGAAGUUGACUGGUGGCGGGAAGCACGCGCACGGCGGCGCCGACUACCCAAGCACAUCGCCACAGGCGGGGCAGCACGAGAAGAAGGGUAUGAUAGAGAAGAUCAAGGAGAAGCUGCCUGGCCAUCACGACCACCACUAGAUCACGACUGUCUACACAUGUCAUAUUAUGUCAUAUCAUGUGUGUGUGUGUGUGUUAAUCCAUGUGCUUAGAAAGACAUAAUGUGUGCUUAAUUUGUUUAUUUCAAAGCUUGUGUGGAGUCUCGUCUCGUCCUGUAAACCAUGCGACAGUUUAUGUUAGAAAUUAUUAUACAUUUAAUGUACGUAAUUUU